AUACACAUGCACAGACACAUGUACAUACAGACACACAAAACACACAUGUACACACACACACACAUGUACAGAUACAUGUACAUACACACAGACACAUGUACAAUUGUACACACACACACACACAAACACCCCCCCCCCCCCAUAAAAAGUUGCAGUACUUCGUUGUUCACUCACAGAUCCGGGUACUGCACUCUAGGGGGAGGCAGAGAGCACAGCACACACUCCUUGUUUUGCUUUCACUGCACUCAGCUAUUGAGUAGUCUGACGGCUCCCAGUGCCAAUGACAGAUCCGGCCUGAGCUCCGCGCCUGCUCAGCAAGACGGCCCUGGGGGACACACUCCCACCAUAAUUUCCACUUGCCAUUGGCGAGCAGGCGAGUGGAAAUUUCAAGCCCUG